AUGACAUUUUUUAUGUUGAGACUUGGCAAUUUUCUCUGUAAAGUCGCAAACUGUCAAACAAAACACAGAGCGUUGGACCAAAAAAUCAGAGCGCAAAUGGAGGACGACGAUGAUCCAUGGUUAGCCCCCGACAAGCUCUACCAUUUUCUUCUCUGUUUCACUCUCACAAUCCUCUUCGCUUCACUGGCCCUUCACACGCGCUAUCCAUUCAUUCGUCGCCACUCCAUUCUGAUCGGAUCCGUCGUUUCUCUUUUCGCCGGAGCCGCCAAAGAGGUCGCCGACGAACUUGGCUUCUUCAAGUCCGCCGGAGCCUCCACCAGGGACGCUAUUGCCGAUCUGAUCGGCGUCUUGAUCGCUUCUUUCCUUCUUCACACCCUCAGAUUCUCGAUCCGCAGCAGCGGCGACAAAGAAGCUAGCCCUGAUCGGGACAUUUUAAUGGUCUGAUAGGUUUUGCUUUUCGACUACUGAUGAAAGAAAGUGAGUGAAGGAUGUACUUCGAUUGAGGUCUUGAUCAUCGAAGCGAUUUUGACGAACAGAGGGGUUCGUUGGAGGUAGCUCGGGAGAUCAAUCUGUUGUCAUCUUCGGAAGCUUCCUGCAGUAGAAGGCAAGCGUGAAUCGCCAUCUUUGUCGGGCAACUUAACUGCAGUGUAGAUUCCAGCUCCACACAAUGCCCCUAAUAUGGGAGCUGUGAGGUAAAUCCAUACGGCUUUAAAGUUGUUUGCAGCAAUGGCUGGCCCCAGUGUUCUUACUGGAUUCAUUGAAGCUCCAGUUGCUUGUCUGUUGCAUAAUUAAAAUGAAAAGCUUUUAGUUUGUUUGUUGAUUAGUGAAGUUGGGGUUGUUCAUAAGAUGCUCUAAAUUAGCUCUAAAUUACCAACUAUUUCCUUUUUAAAACAGUAGCCACUUAAUUGACAUCCGUUUAACUCAGGUUCUAACUGCAUUAUCCAGGAAUAUCUACAUUUUUAUGAGCAAUCUAUUAUUUUGAGUUGGAUAAGUCA